CUCCCAGGAAGCGGUGAUAGACAGUUCUGUGUGGUUCUCCACCCCCACCUCCCAGCUGAGUGGAGGAGUUGAUAUGUCUCAUUAUAACAGCCAAUGCAGCCGCCAUCCACGCACAAGCAAAGAAGCAUGUCCCAUUUAAAUACACCCACGCAGCCCCAGCGCCCUUAGCCGAUCAGGGCGCGCAGCCCACACGCACCGCGGCUCCGGGCUUGGAGAUCCGCGCAGGUCGGGCUCCGGGAUCCCGCGGAUCGACGCUCUCGGAAGAUCGGGAUCUGACUCUUGCUGGGGCCCGGGUGGGCUGGGGAGGCUGGGCCCCGGGCCUCUCUGGCGGACAGCCGCAUGAGGACGCGAGCGAAAUAGACCGGGGUGGAAUUGCCAAGGAAGACGCUUCGGGGUGGUUUUGGUCCAUUUCUCCCGCGAAGAGUCGACAUGGCGAGCGACUCCCCAGCUCGCAGCCUGGAUGAAAUCGAUCUCUCCGCCCUGAGGGACCCUGCAGGGAUCUUUGAAUUGGUGGAACUUGUCGGAAAUGGCACGUAUGGUCAAGUUUAUAAGGGUCGUCAUGUCAAAACGGGCCAGCUUGCUGCCAUUAAGGUUAUGGAUGUCACAGGGGAUGAAGAGGAAGAAAUCAAACAAGAAAUUAAUAUGUUGAAGAAAUAUUCUCAUCACAGGAACAUUGCUACAUACUACGGUGCUUUUAUCAAAAAGAACCCUCCUGGCAUGGAUGACCAACUCUGGUUGGUUAUGGAGUUCUGUGGUGCUGGCUCUGUCACUGACCUGAUCAAGAACACGAAAGGCAACACAUUGAAAGAGGAGUGGAUUGCAUACAUCUGCAGGGAGAUCUUACGGGGCCUGAGUCACCUGCACCAGCACAAAGUGAUUCAUCGAGAUAUCAAAGGGCAGAACGUCUUGUUGACUGAAAAUGCAGAGGUUAAGCUAGUGGAUUUUGGAGUGAGUGCCCAGCUUGACCGAACCGUGGGCAGGAGGAACACGUUCAUCGGGACUCCCUACUGGAUGGCACCAGAAGUCAUUGCCUGUGAUGAGAACCCGGAUGCCACAUAUGAUUUCAAGAGUGACUUGUGGUCUUUGGGAAUCACCGCCAUUGAGAUGGCAGAAGGUGCCCCCCCCCUCUGUGACAUGCAUCCCAUGAGAGCCCUCUUCCUCAUCCCAAGGAACCCUGCACCUCGGCUCAAGUCUAAGAAGUGGUCAAAAAAAUUCCAGUCAUUUAUCGAGAGCUGCUUGGUAAAGAAUCACAGCCAGCGGCCAGCCACAGAGCAGUUGAUGAAGCACCCGUUCAUACGAGACCAACCUAAUGAGAGGCAGGUCCGCAUCCAGCUGAAGGACCACAUUGAUCGAACAAAGAAGAAGCGAGGAGAAAAAGAUGAGACUGAGUAUGAAUACAGCGGAAGUGAGGAGGAAGAGGAAGAGAAUGACUCUGGGGAACCCAGCUCCAUUCUGAACCUACCAGGGGAGUCAACACUGCGAAGGGACUUCCUGAGACUGCAGCUGGCCAACAAGGAGCGCUCAGAGGCCCUGCGGCGCCAACAGCUGGAGCAGCAGCAGAGGGAGAAUGAAGAACACAAGCGGCAGCUACUGGCUGAGCGCCAGAAGCGCAUUGAAGAGCAGAAGGAGCAGAGGCGGAGGCUGGAGGAGCAACAAAGGCGAGAAAAAGAGCUUCGGAAGCAGCAGGAGCGGGAACAGCGCCGGCACUAUGAAGAGCAGAUGCGUCGGGAGGAGGAGAGGAGGCGGGCCGAGCAUGAGCAGGAAUACAUCAGGCGACAGCUAGAAGAAGAGCAAAGGCAGUUAGAGAUCUUACAGCAGCAGCUACUGCAUGAGCAAGCUCUACUUCUGGAAUAUAAGCGCAAACAAUUGGAAGAACAGAGACAAGCAGAAAGACUGCAGAGGCAGCUAAAGCAAGAGCGGGACUAUCUGGUUUCCCUCCAGCAUCAGCGGCAGGAGCAGAGGCCCCUGGAGAAGAAGCCACUGUACCAUUACAAGGAGGGCAUGAGUCCUAGUGAGAAGCCGGCCUGGGCCAAGGAGGUAGAAGAACGCUCAAGACUCAACCGACAGAGUUCACCUGCCAUGCCUCACAAGGUUGCCAACAGGAUCUCGGACCCCAACCUGCCCCCAAGAUCAGAGUCCUUCAGCAUUAGUGGGGUUCAACCUGCAAGGACACCCCCAAUGCUCAGACCUGUUGACCCCCAGAUCCCGCAGCUGGUAGCUGUCAAAUCCCAGGGACCUGCCUUGACGGCCUCCCAGUCAGUACAUGAGCAACCUACAAAGGGCCUGUCUGGGUUCCAGGAGGCUCUGAAUGUGACCUCUCACCGGGUCGAGAUGCCACGCCAGAACUCGGAUCCCACCUCAGAAAACCCUCCUCUCCCCACGAGAAUUGAGAAGUUUGACAGAAGCUCUUGGUUACGACAGGAAGAAGACAUUCCACCAAAGGUGCCUCAAAGAACAACUUCUAUAUCCCCAGCACUAGCCAGAAAGAAUUCCCCUGGCAAUGGCAGUGCUUUGGGCCCCAGACUUGGAUCUCAGCCCAUCAGAGCAAGCAACCCUGAUCUGCGCAGGACAGAGCCAGUCCUGGAGAGUUCCCUACAGCGAACCAGCAGUGGCAGUUCCUCCAGCUCCAGCACUCCCAGCUCCCAGCCCAGCUCCCAAGGAGGCUCUCAACCUGGCUCACAAGCAGGAUCUAGUGAGCGGUCCAGAGUGCGGGCCAACAGUAAGUCCGAAGGAUCGCCCGUGCUCCCCCAUGAGCCUUCCAAGGUGAAACCAGAAGAAUCCAGAGACAUCACGCGACCCAGUCGGCCAGCUGAUCUGACGGCAUUAGCCAAAGAAUUACGAGAACUCCGAAUUGAAGAAACAAACCGCCCCCUGAAGAAGGUGACUGAUUACUCUUCCUCCAGCGAGGAGUCGGAGAGCAGUGAGGAAGAAGAGGAAGAUGGAGAGAGUGAGACACAUGACGGGACGGUGGCUGUCAGUGACAUACCCAGACUAAUACCCACCGGCGCUCCAGGGAACAAUGAGCAGUACAACAUGGGGAUGGUCGGGACACAUGGGCUGGAAACUUCGCAUGCGGACACCUUUGGCGGCAGCAUUUCAAGAGAAGGAACCUUGAUGAUCAGAGAGACGGCUGAAGAGAAGAAGCGAUCUGGCCACAGUGACAGUAAUGGAUUCGCCGGUCACAUCAAUCUCCCAGACCUUGUACAGCAGAGCCAUUCGCCAGCUGGAACUCCCACUGAGGGGCUGGGCCGUGUCUCCACUCAUUCCCAGGACAUGGACUCUGGGGCUGAAUAUGGUAUAGGGAGCAGCACCAAAGCCUCUUUCACCCCCUUCGUGGACCCUCGAGUGUACCAGACAUCGCCCACUGAUGAAGAUGAAGAGGAUGACGAAUCUUCAGCUGCUGCCCUGUUUACUAGCGAACUUCUUAGGCAAGAACAGGCCAAACUCAAUGAAGCGAGGAAGAUUUCAGUGGUAAAUGUGAACCCAACAAACAUUCGCCCUCAUAGUGACACACCGGAAAUCAGAAAAUACAAGAAACGCUUCAAUUCAGAAAUACUUUGUGCAGCUCUAUGGGGUGUGAACCUUCUGGUGGGGACUGAAAAUGGCCUGAUGCUUUUGGACAGAAGUGGCCAAGGCAAAGUCUACAACCUAAUCAACCGGAGGCGGUUUCAGCAGAUGGAUGUGCUAGAAGGACUAAAUGUUCUUGUCACGAUAUCAGGAAAGAAGAACAAGCUCCGUGUGUACUAUCUCUCAUGGUUAAGAAACAGAAUCCUGCACAAUGACCCGGAAGUGGAAAAGAAGCAGGGCUGGAUCACCGUCGGAGACUUGGAAGGCUGCAUCCACUACAAAGUCGUUAAAUAUGAAAGAAUCAAGUUCCUGGUGAUUGCCUUAAAGAAUGCAGUAGAGAUAUAUGCGUGGGCCCCUAAACCUUACCAUAAGUUCAUGGCAUUUAAGUCUUUUGCAGAUCUUCAGCAUAAGCCUCUGCUCGUUGACCUCACAGUAGAAGAAGGUCAAAGGUUAAAGGUCAUAUUUGGCUCACACACUGGUUUCCAUGUAAUUGAUGUUGAUUCUGGAAACUCCUACGAUAUCUAUAUACCAUCCCAUAUUCAGGGCAACAUCACUCCUCAUGCUAUCGUCAUCUUGCCUAAAACAGACGGAAUGGAGAUGCUUGUCUGCUAUGAGGAUGAGGGGGUGUAUGUGAACACCUACGGCCGAAUCACUAAGGAUGUGGUGCUCCAAUGGGGAGAAAUGCCCACAUCUGUGGCCUACAUUCAUUCCAAUCAGAUAAUGGGCUGGGGCGAGAAAGCUAUUGAGAUCCGGUCAGUGGAAACAGGACAUUUGGAUGGAGUGUUUAUGCAUAAACGAGCUCAAAGGUUAAAGUUUCUAUGUGAAAGAAAUGAUAAGGUAAAUCCGUUUCAACUUUGCUUUAGUGUUUGCAUUUUAAGAGACCACCAGGUACCUGUGAAUCCUUCAUUUUCCUUUAUACUGACUCAAGUCACAUCUGUGUUCAGUGAUCAAUGACAAUCUUGAAAUGGCAUUACUUGGUUUGAUUCAUGUGAACAUUCAGAAUCUAUGACUCAUGCAUCCAAACCAGCAUAAAACAUCUCUAACUUUCUUGUAAACUAUUGGUGACUUUUGUGGCCAGAGGGCCUUCCAGUGACUUGACAACCAUUGUAGACUCUCCUAUGCACUUAGAGCAGCUAGCCCAUCAUUGGUCACCUCAUAGUGGGUUAGCCUUAUGCCUUCACUUUUAGGCCUUUCACAGAGACAGUGUUGGGACCUAGCUUUCAUAUUAUAUUCACCUUUAAGUGUAGAAAAUAUGACAUGUAGAAAUAUGAACUUCUAAACAAUGUCACUCAUUCCUAAGAAACAUAGUCACAAACUCUACUUCUACUCCUGCCAUGUCCUGUCUCAUUUCAGCCAUGUGUCUCCUGACAUGUCACAGGGGUGGGGGCGGGGCUACAUUCCAACGAAAGUGACCAUGUCUGUCCAGCAUGAUCUGUUGCCUCACAGGAGUAUACUUAAGUGGUCAUGCUCUGCCUUGCCCUCCCUGGAGAGUAAUCCGGAGUCUUUAAUAGCUAAUCUACAUUUGUGAGCCCACCCUUUGAGACUAAGUUCACCCAACCAACCAUGUCCACAUAGAGAAUAACGUGAUGGGUUGAACUGUUUACAUUUCUAUGUUCACCCCAGUUCCCCAGGGGCCAGACUGCUCUUUAUCCCACCCUGGUAAUAUGGAUCUGGAUUCUUUGACCCUGGCUAACUGUUUCUGACCUGGUAUGGUCUAGUGGGCAGUAGCUCUGGGAGACGAGGAUAAGACCAGGGGUCUUAUCAGAGUAUGCCAGAAACCAGACUUAACAAUUGAGACUCCAACACUUCUGCAGUCCCUAGAUCCUAAGAAAUGAAAUGUUCUGGGUGUGAACAACCAUACUGUAGUUCUCAGUGACCCACCCCAGCAGGCCUGGUCCAACCCAUCCUCUCAGGCUGGUGCCUCUAGUUUAGUCCCUGAGCUCACAACUAGCAACCUUUUUAGCAGAUCUCCACUCUACUCCCUAUUUCUAUUCCCUGACCCCCGAGUAGCUGUAGUUUCCCCUGUAGCUUUAGCUAAAUAUCAAGCAAGUCCACAAGCUUCUUAAGAAGCCAUGGACACAAAGUAGCACAGGCUUUCACUAGUGACACACUCAUUCCUCAGACCACAGACACUGGCUUACUGAAGGGCUAUUGCACAGCCCCAUGUAGUAUUUUCCUGGGGCAGUGGUUCACUGACAAUCAGCUCAAGCAAGCAGUCAUCUAAAUUCUGCUCACUUCACCCAGGCCUUUGAUAAAAUGAUUGAACUGGCUCAGACCUAAUGGACUGUGCUUCUGCUUAUUAAUACCAUUAUCUCCCUUGGCCUGGGAUCUGCUAGCAUCAGCAGAGAGCCUAAGUGUUAACCCAUAGAACACUGUAAACACUGGCCAUUGACACUGAGCUGGUGCACAGUGAGGAUAGGACAUGUGAGAGAAAAUGACUGGCAGUUGAAGAAAAGAAGGGGGAAAACAGAAACCCAUGAAGUUGAACUAACUUGUUUUUAAUUUCAAACAGGUAUUUUUUGCAUCCGUGCGAUCUGGAGGAAGUAGCCAAGUGUUUUUCAUGACCCUCAACAGAAAUUCCAUGAUGAACUGGUAACAGAAGAGCACUUGGCACUUAUCUUCAUGGCGUUAUUUCUAAUGUAAAAGAACAUAACUCAUGUGGACGUAUGCCAGUCUAGAGGCAGAGUCAGAAGGCCUGGUUGAACAUACCGCUCUCUCCGUUUCCUCUCCCUCCAUCUCUCCCAAUAUAGUCCUUUUUGGUGUUGCAGCCUGGUUGAGAAGGAGAGAAAGAGGUGGCGGGAAUGGCUGGGCAAGCGAUUCCGAGGAUGCUGCAUUGUCUGUGGACAGAGAUGGACCUUGUGCCCUUCGGAGUUAGGAAUAGAGACAAAUAUUGUGUGCUCUUAUGAUUAAGCUGUGUUUAUGCUGGCUUUUCAGUUCUUUUUGGUUUGGAACUUUUUAACUUUUUCCCCCCUUUACCACCUUACUUUGUAAGAAUGGGGGGAAAUGCAUACUGGGAACAUAGUCUUUUUAAAAUUCUGUCUGCCUGCUAGCUUUAAGUAUAUGGUAUGUUGUAAAAGUUCCAACUCCCAGUAGUGAGAAACAUCGCAAUAAAUGGACCCUAUCUCCCUGCACUGAAGGCCAUAACCACAUAGUGGGGUAAUUUAAGAAUUUUCUUGCCUUCACUAACCCAAGAGGCUAUUUUUGUUUUGUCUUGUUUUGUUUUGUUUUAUUUUAUCUUUUUUUUAAAUUGCUACUGGCUAAUGAAUUUUUGAAAGAGAAGCAAAAUAGCUGGUUUUCUCCUCUCUGGGGAAAUAGAUUUUAAAUGGCUAAACUAUUAGCCUUAAUCUAAUAAAAUCAACUACCACUCUUGUGAGUCUGUCAGGCCAUAUUUUGAUAUGGCCCUUUCUAGAAUGGAGGGUGUUGAAUGGGACAGCGAUGCCAUUGAGUUGAGUGGGCUUGUGACUGGGGAGGGACUCUGGGAUGUGACUGUCCCUCAAUUAUUAUGCAACAGAUCAGGGCAAAAGACGGGAUGACAGGUGGGUCACCCAGAAGGAGCUUCUGAGAAAUGAGCUAAUAUGUCUAUGUAAAUACACACAUGUUCUUUCUUCAAGGCACAAAGCCUCCUUGAUAAGAGGUCCCUUCAAGUUGGGCUUUGUUAGGACUGUGACUGGUUGAGAUCUUUCCCAGAGCUGGGGGGUACAUAAGAGCCAUGCUCUGGAAACCCUCCCAAGGGUGCCACUUUCUCAACAGAAAAACUGUGAUGGAGACAAUUACUAAUAAAUGUUCCUGAGCUGCCUGUGUUCUUAUUGGGUCAAGGGACUAGACUUGCAAGGCUGCCGCACACAGCAGGCACCAAAAGCUCAGAUUUUAGGGAACCUAAAGGCAAGGCUUUGACAAAAUUCUAAGACUUCUAAUCAUG